CGCUACCAUAUUUUUAGGUGACACCUUGGAGUCCAUGAUGCCCUCAAUGGUAGCUCCAAAAUGAAUUAAUUUAGUAAACACUAUGUCAAAGAAACAUUAUCAUGUCCGCCCUAAACGAACAAAAACGGACAUGCGUUUCAUCUGCAAUCGAUCAGACAGCCCCUAAUGCCGCAGCAGUUGCCCAUAAGCAAAAUGUCGACCACAACUUUCCGGAAGUGAUCUCUCGGAAAGCCAAAGCCCUAACCCGGGAAGCGCCACUACUGACAGGCGCUAUGAAGCUGCUCCGGGCUCUGGUCUGCCUCCUGUUCCCUGUGCUGGUUCUGUGUGAACCUAUAACGCUGACAGUCGGUGCCCUGUCUGUAGUGGGUGGCGCUGUGUAUUAUGGACUGCAAUGCUACUUCCAGGAGUGCUGCCUGCAGAAUGGAGCCAUCAACACCACAGCCCUAGAGUUGGAUUUCGAUAAAUAUAUCUUUGGGCAACACCUGGCUAAGAGGGUGAUCCUGAAAGGAGUAACUGGGUUUCUGAGAAACAAGCAGCCGAAGAAACCACUCACCCUCUCUUUCCAUGGCUGGACCGGAACCGGCAAGAACUACAUCAGCCAGGUCUUGGCCAGGAACAUCUAUCCGCACGGAAUGGAGAGUCAUUUUGUGCACCAGUUUGUAGCCACGCUGCACUUCCCCCAUGCUAAACAGGUUGACAAGUAUAAGGACCAGCUCCAGGCGUGGAUAAAAGGGAAUGUAUCCAACUGCGAACGUUCUAUCUUUAUAUUUGACGAAGUGGACAAAAUGCACCCGGGACUGAUUGAUGCCAUCAAGCCAUUUCUGGAUUAUUAUGAGAAACUGGAAGGGGUUUCCUAUCGUAAAUCCAUAUUUAUAUUUCUCAGCAACGCUGGAGGAGAAAUCAUCUCGAAGUUGGCUUUGGAUUUCUGGAAGAAUGGAAAGAAGAGGGAAGACAUUAAUCUCUUUGAAGUUGAGCAUCAAUUAUCACUUGCUGCUUUCAAUAACAAAGACGGUGGAUUGUGGCAUAGUAGCCUGAUAGACAAGAACCUUAUUGAUUUCUUUGUGCCAUUUUUGCCCUUGGAGUUCCAACACGUGAAGAUGUGCGUGAGGGCAGAGAUGCGGGAGCGAGGCUAUGAGGUGGAUGAAGAGAUUGUCACCAAAGUCGCCAAGGAAAUGACCUAUUUCCCCAAGAAUGAGAAUGUAUUCUCUGUUAAGGGCUGCAAAGUCGUGUCAACAAAACUAGAAUAUUAUCUAUGAGACACCUGGAAGGAGAAAUCAGACAGAUUGUAGAACUCAUUGCAGAGUAUUGCGGCCUUACGGACAAUGAAGGGAUUUACCCACUGUUUUUAAUGGGAUGGGGGGGGGGGGGCAAAAUAAUGGUGUACACACAUAAUGGUUUAUUUUUAUAUUUUUGAGUAAUUUUGGGUGUGAAAUUACACCUCCCGCCUUACAAGUGGAUUGUAUUGUUCUAACAAGGUAAUUUUGUUGUGGAUAUGAGUGCAAGCCUCUGUGCUGUAUCAAGAUGAUAUUUCCGUCAGUGCCAAUGGACAAUGAUGAUGACGUGUUGUUUGUACUGCUGUCCACCCUUCAGACACAACAGAAGUGUCCCUCUGAACUCUUACCAGAAAUCAUGUGACUUUGAUAAAGAUAUAUUUAUUCUCA